AUGUUUGAGACAAAAGGAGACUUACAGCUGCAACUGCAGGAAAAAAGGAUUCUGCACAAUACUGUUGAGCGCAUCACGUUUGACCUGGAGGAGCUGCGGGAAGCCGCACGAAUCAUUGACAAGGAUGUUCCCCGCACAAACAGAGACCUGAGCUACUACCAAGAGGAAGGUUUAGGGAAUCUGUUGGUCCUGAGAGACAUCCUCAUCACUUAUGCUGCUUUUCAUCCAGAAGUUAGCUACGCCCAGGGAAUGAAUGACCUGUGCAGCAGGUUCCUGGAGGUCCUUGACUCCGAGGUGGACACCUUCUGGAGUUUUUCCUCCUACAUGGAGAAGUUCUCCAGGGAUUUCAUGGCUGACGGCUUACACAGAAAAAUAGAGCUGGAGGCUGCUUUGUUGAAGGAGCUGGACCCUCCACUUUAUGCUCAUCUAGUCAAAGACAACAUGGAAAGUUUUACAUUUUGCCACAGGUGGCUGCUGCUGGGUUUUCAAAGAGAAUUUGAGCACAGUGAUGCACUGGUUUGUUUGAAAUCUUGAGCUGUGACCAUCUGGAGCUGAUCUCACAGCAGGUUGACCGCGCUCGAUAUCAGGAGAGACUGGACCAAAAACACUACACAGGGGACAGAUCAGAGUCACCACAGCAAACCUUCAACACAGACUUCACGUUUGAGCUCUUCAUCUGUGCAGCCAUCCUGCUAGAUAACAGAGAGUCUCUGCUUCGGUGCCGAGAUGACGUGCAGCUAAUC